AUGGCUCGGAGAGUUUCUACACUCAUUCUCUCUCUUUGCUUCUCGUUUAUUUUCGGCGCAAUCUCAUCCGAGAAAGAAGAAUAUGACCCCACGACCAAAACCAUGGAGGCGUUUUCAGGUUACCAAAUUCACGAGCCUCCAUUGGAGGGUUCUUUUUCUUCACUCGCAGUAGACAUUGAAAGUCUGCAGGGACAGAUUGAUGAGCUAUCAACUUUCUCUGAUACACCUGCACCUUCAGUUACAAGGAUCCUUUACAGUGAGAAGGAUGUGCUGGCAAGGAGGUACAUUAAAAAUUUAAUAGGCCUUUCUGGUCUUGCUGUCAGAGAGGAUGCUGUUGGGAACAUCUUUGGCCGAUGGGUUGGGUCCGAGCCAAAUCUGGCUCCUGUUUCAACAGGUUCUCAUAUCGAUGCUAUACCAUACUCCGGGAAGUAUGAUGGAGUUGUUGGUGUCUUGGGAGCCAUUGAGGCCAUUAAUGUACUAAAGAGGUCAGGCUUUAAGCCUAAGAGAUCAAUGGAGGUCAUCAUGUUUACAUCGGAAGAGCCAACACGAUUCGGGAUUAGCUGCUUAGGAAGCCGAUUGUUGGCCGGCAGCGAGGAACUUGCAGGUCUUCUUAAGAAGACAGUAGACGGUCAAAAUGUAUCUUUUUCUGAUGCUGCUAAACUUGCUGGGUACACAAACAACAAGGACUUGUCAAGCGUGUUUCUAGAAAAAGGGAGCUAUUCGGCUUUUGUUGAGUUGCACAUAGAGCAAGGCCCCAUUCUGGAAGAGGAAGGAACAUCAAUUGGUGUUGUCACUGCCAUUGCUGCCCCAGCUAGCAUCAAAGUGGACUUUGAAGGCAAUGGAGGCCAUGCUGGAGCUGUUCUAAUGCCCAAAAGAAACGAUGCAGGACUGGCUGCUGCGGAAUUAGCACUUGCUGUUGAGAAACAUGUGUUGGAAUCUGGCUCCACAGACACCGUUGGGACAGUUGGUAUUCUGGAGCUGCAUCCUGGAGCAAUAAACAGCAUACCUAGCAAAUCACAUCUUGAGAUUGAUACUCGUGACAUUGAUGAAAAGAGGAGGAAUCUUGUGAUUGAGAAAACCCAUCAAUCUGCCCUCAGCAUAUCUAAAUCUCGCAAUGUAAAGCUCUCGGAAUUUAAGAUCGUGAAUCAAGAUCCACCUGCAUUGUCCGAGGAUCUGAUCACCAAGGCAACAGAAUCUGCUUGUCAAGAACUAAAAUUGUCUUACAAGAAGAUGAUUAGUAGAGCCUAUCAUGAUUCCCUCUUCAUGGCCAGAAUAUCUCCCAUGGGCAUGAUUUUCAUUCCAUGUUAUAAAGGGUAUAGCCACAAGCCUGAAGAAUUUGCAGCCCCACAGGAUAUUGCAAAUGGGGUCAAAGUUUUGGCGCUAACACUCGCCAAACUGUCUCUUUCCUAA